AUGGAUAUUUCUCUGGAAACUGGCUGGCAUCUUCAGAGGCAAGGUUUAUUUCCUGCCAUUCUAAACCUCGCUAGUAAUGCUCAUAUCAGCACUAAUGCUACAUGUGGAGAAAAAGGCCCUGAAAUGUUUUGUAAACUUGUGGAGCACGUUCCAGGUCGACCCCUACGCAACGCACAGUGUCGAAUUUGUGAUUACAAUAGUGCAAAUUCCAAAGAACAACAUCCUAUAUCAAAUGCUAUAGAUGGUACUAAUAACUGGUGGCAAAGUCCUAGCAUUCAGAAUGGAAGAGAAUAUCAUUGGGUAACAAUAACUCUAGACCUAAGACAGAUCUUUCAAGUUGCUUACAUCAUCAUAAAAGCUGCUAACGCUCCAAGGCCAGGAAACUGGAUUUUGGAACGUUCUGUGAAUGGUAUUGAAUUCAGCCCCUGGCAAUACUAUGCAAUUAGUGAUACCGAGUGUCUAACCAGAUACAAUGUGACACCAAGACUUGGCCCUCCUACGUAUAAGAAAGAUGAUGAAGUGAUAUGCACCUCUUAUUAUUCUAAACUUGUUCCACUUGAACAUGGAGAGAUACACACAUCACUGAUCAAUGGGAGACCUAGUGCUGAUGACCCUUCACCAACAUUACUGGAGUUUACCUCUGCAAGAUAUAUCCGACUCCGAUUGCAGCGGAUAAGAACUCUUAAUGCUGAUCUCAUGACUCUUAGUCACCAUGAUCCUAAAGAUGUUGAUCCUAUUGUUACAAGAAGGUAUUACUAUUCAAUAAAAGACAUCUCUAUUGGAGGUAUGUGCAUUUGCUAUGGCCAUGCUCGAAGUUGUCCUUUGGAUAAAGACACAAAGAAACUACAGUGCCAGUGUGAACACAACACUUGUGGUGAAAGUUGUAAUGAGUGUUGUCCUGGCUACCAUCAGGCACCCUGGAGACCUGGAACUAUUUCUGUUGGCAACAAAUGUGAAAGAUGCAACUGUCACAACAAAACAGAAGAUUGUUAUUAUGACCAGAGAAUAGCAGAUGAAAAAAAAAGUAUAAAUAUUUUUGGUCAAUUCAAAGGAGGUGGAGUAUGUAUAAAUUGUACACAACACACCACAGGAAUAAACUGUGAUAUGUGUAGUGAUGGCUAUUACAGACCACAAAAAGUGUCUCCUUAUGACAACAAUCCUUGCCGUCCCUGUGAAUGUGAUUUAUUUGGAUCUUUUGGCUUUGACUGUGUUAAGGACAAUAAUCAUGCUGACUCCCAAAAAGGUAUUCAGCCUGGUCAAUGUUAUUGCAAGGAAGGGUAUGCUGGAGAAAAAUGUGACCAUUGUGCCUUUGGCUACCAAGGUUAUCCAAAUUGCAUACGCUGUAAUUGUAGCCUCAUUGGCAGCAUCAAUGAUGAUCCAUGUACUAAACCUUGCCUUUGCAAAGAAAACGUAGAAGGACAAAAUUGUGACAGUUGCAAAUCUGGAUUCUAUAAUCUCCAAGAAAGAAACCCUCAGGGUUGCACUGAGUGCUUCUGUUUUGGUGUUUCUGAUGUGUGUGAAAGUCUUCCUUGGUCCACUGCUAAGGUGUCUUCUAUGAUUGGGUGGGAGGUGACAACUCCUUAUACUUCAAAAAUUAUACAACCUCAAGAAGAUAACUUUGAUAAAUCUCAUCAGAUAAGUAUUAACAACACUGAGGUUGCCAAAGUACUAAAGCCUCCUUAUUACUGGUCUGCACCUAAAUCAUACCUUGGAAAUAAGCUCACUGCCUUUGGUGGCUAUUUAAAGUAUACCGUGUCUUACGAUAUUCCCAUGGACAGUACAGAUAGUGACCUGGUAUCUAGUGUCGAUGUUAUUAUCCAGGGCAAUGGACAUAUUCUGUCUACAAGAUCUGAAGGACUCUCUUUACAACCAUAUGAGGAAUAUUCCAGAACAGUGCAUCUUAUCUCUGAAAACUUUGUUGAUUUUAAUACCAAGAAGUCAAUAGAUCGAGACACCCUGAUGACAGUUUUAGUUAAUGUUACCCGUAUUCUACUUAGGGCCAGUUACAACACUGCAGAAAAAUCUGUAUAUAGGUUGGACUCUGUGACUUUGGAUACAGCAAAUGCUAAUCUCAUAGACCUGUCUUCAGCUGUACAUGUAGAAUAUUGUGAAUGUCCACAGGGUUACUCCGGACUAUCUUGUGAAACUUGUGUUCCUGGGUACUAUCGAGUGGAUGCAAUACUUUUUGGAGGGAUUUGCCUGCCGUGUGAUUGCAAUGGUCAUGCAACAGAAUGUGAUAGUCGUGGUAUUUGCAUUGCUUGUGAGCAUAAUACUACAGGGCAAUCUUGUGAGCAGUGUUUGCCAGGAUUCUACGGAAUGCCUUCCAGAGGAACCACAGAGGAUUGCCAGCCAUGUGCCUGUCCACUGAGAAGUGCUACUAACAAUUUCAGUCCUACUUGUCAUUUGGAUAACAGAGGUGAAGUUGUCUGUGAUGAAUGUUCUCCAGGUUAUGCAGGAGCCAGAUGUGAAAGAUGUGCAAAUGGAUAUUAUGGCAAUCCUUUAGUGCCAGAAAAACCAUGCCUUCCUUGUGACUGUAAUGGCAAUGUAAACCCACUGGAAGAUGGCCACUGUCACUCAGUUACAGGGGAAUGUUUGAAAUGUAUUGGAAAUACUGUAGGACGUCACUGUGAGAGGUGUGCUGAUGGCUAUUAUGGGGAUGCAGUGACCAACAAACAUUGUUAUGCUUGUGAAUGUGACAUAAAUGGCUCUGUUUCCAGCAUCUGUCAUCAUGAAACUGGCCUCUGCCAAUGCAAAGCUAAUGUAGUCGGGAAGAGAUGUGAUAAAUGCUUGUUUGGUUAUUAUGGCCUAAGUACUACAGCUAGUUGCCUUCUCUGCCAUUGCAGUAAAAUUGGCUCAGCUGCAGAAGAUUGUAAUGAGGAAGGACAGUGUCGCUGUGCACUAGGAGUGGCUGGAGACAAGUGUGAUCAUUGUGCUCCAGGGUUUUAUGCAUUUCAGGAUGGUGGUUGCAAACCUUGUGAUUGUGCUCAUACUCACAAUACAUGUGAUAAAGAUUCGGGACAAUGCAUUUGUUCUCCUCAUACAACUGGAGAAAAAUGUGAACUUUGUGAAGAAAAUUUCUGGGGUCAUGAUACAGAAAAGGGAUGCAAGGCUUGUAAUUGUAGUCAUUUAGGUUCCCUCAGUCUUCAAUGUGACCAACUGACUUCUCAGUGCCAGUGUAAACAAGGAUACGGAGGAGACAGGUGUGCUGUGUGUGCUUUGGGUUACAGGGACUAUCCUGAUUGUGUUCCUUGUGACUGUGAUGUGCGUGGGAGUAAAGCAGAGAUGUGCAAUCAAGAAAUCUGCAGCUGCGAAGAAGAAACCGGUGUGUGUGUUUGCAAGGAAAAUGUCUUUGGAUUGCACUGCAAUGAAUGCAAAAGCGGGACCUUUGCGCUACAUGCUAUUAAUCCUUUGGGAUGCAUCCCUUGCUUUUGUUCUGGGAUGACAGAAUUCUGUACAGAAGUUGAAGGCUACGCACGAGUUCCGGUAACACUGACUCCAGAACAGGAACUAUUAUCCGUGGUUUCUCUCAGUAACUUUACUGGAACAAGUGAAGGUGUAUUUUCCCAAUUUCCAGACAUCGUAAUAGAUGCGGCAACAGUCCACCAACACUUGAAUGCAGAACCCUUUUACUGGAAAUUACCAGAUCAGUUCCAGGGAAACCAGCUCAUGGCAUAUGGUGGGAAAUUGAAAUAUUCAGUAGCUUUUUAUGCUCUGGAUGGUCUUGGAACUGCAAAUCUUGAACCACAAGUUCUGAUUAAAGGAGGUCACCCUAGGAAACAGGUCAUCUACGUGGAUGUUCCUGCUCCAGAAAAUGGAUUAUGGCAAGAUGAAGAGAUACUAAUGAUGGAGAAUACCUGGAAAUACUUUAAUGCUGUUUCAGAUGAAUCUAUUUCACAUUCUGACUUCAUGUCAGUUCUGAGCCAUAUUGAAUAUAUUCUUAUCAAGGCUUCAUAUGGUCAAGGAUUGCAACAAAGCAGAAUCUCAAAUAUCUCCAUGGAAAUUGCAAUGAAAGCUGAUCACAUGCCCUUGGCCAAAGAACAAGCUCACCACAUUGAAAAAUGCCUGUGUCCUGGAGGUUAUGCAGGACUCUCCUGUCAGGACUGUGCACCAGGAUACUACAGGGAGAAGCAUGGAAAUGCACACCUAAAAGUGUUCCCCUUAGUAGUUUCAUUAUGUAUGCCCUGCCAGUGCAAUAACCACAGCAGUGUUUGUGAUCCAGAAACAGGAAAGUGUUUGGACUGCAGAGAUAAUACAGUUGGUGACCACUGCAGUAUUUGUGCUCCUGGUUAUUAUGGCAAAGUGACAGGAUCCAUCAAUGAUUGUUCACUUUGUGCAUGUCCAAGAAUGAGCCCAGAAAGCUUUAGUCCAACAUGUGUUGCAAAAGGUAUAAAGGACUUCCACUGCAAUGCUUGUGUCACUGGAUAUGAAGGGCAGUACUGUGAAAGAUGUUCUCCAGGUUACUAUGGAGAUCCUAGAGUACCAGGUGGCAAAUGUCAGCAAUGUCAGUGCAGCCCAAAUGGUUCUCUCCAUUACCACUGUGAUCAUACUUCUGGGCAAUGUGUUUGUAAGCAAGGUGUAACAGGACAGUUGUGUGAUCAAUGUGAUUCAAGGCACAUUCUUGUGGAGAAUGAGUGUAUUUCUUGUGAUGAUGACUGUACAGGGCGAUUGUUGAAUGAUCUGGAUAAUUUUGGCAAAGCUAUGCUUUUGGUAAACUUCACUGGUGCUAUCUUGGCACCUUACGGAGCACUUUCAGACUUGGAAAAUGCCACAAAAUAUUUAAAGGAAUCUUUGAGGGCUGAAGAAAGUCCAAACUCUUUAAUGAAAAUUAUGAAUGGCAAUCUUGAUACGAUAUCCAAUGUUUCAGAUCAGUUCUACAAAGAGAGGAUUUAUAUCACUUUGUGUAUGUCUUCUAUAUUUAUUAGAGGUGCAGAAAAAUUGCUGACACGAAUCCAGAGAGAAUAUUGGAGACCACAGCAAGAAAUUAAGGAUUUUCAAAAAGCAGCAAAACGUGCCUUAUCUGAACAUAGCAGCAAACGUCAAGAAGCCCAAGAUGUUGUGAACAUAGCAAAUAGUAACACUGAGGAGGCUAGGCGUCUGUUUGUUCUUAUUAAUAACAACCUCAAUGAGUUCAAUAAUAAAAAGCUGAAUGUUAAAGAAGAUGGGGAGCUCUCUGUUACGCUGAUAAAAGAAGGAAAAAUCAAAAAAACUGCUGCUGCUGCCUUUGCGAGAGAUAUAUUUAAUUCUACGUCUGAUCUAGAAAUCCACGAGGAUGAACUGAUCUUAUGGAGUACUAAAUUAAGACAACAUGUGGAUGACCUGGUUAUGCAGCUGUCUACUCGAGGAGCUCUUGAACUUGUCUAUAAGACAGAAGAUCAUGCUUCUGAGUUAGAAAAAAUUGUUCAUGCGUUAGAGAGUGGCCUUUUGAAUGUUAGAAAUGUGACUGUGAAUGUGACAAAUUCUGUCAAUGUGUACUCUACCAUCAGAAAUGUAGUUGAGAGUGCAGAGAACCUGGCAAGUGAUGUCACUAAGAUUAUAUAUGAACAUGUGCAAAGAGGGCCCUUGAACAACACUGGGAAAAAUGUCCAUCAGCUUAGCUCCACAGUCUUAACUGAUGCAAAACAUCUCCACAAGAAGUAUGAUGGACUCAGGUCAGGGUUAAAUGAAAUUAACAUAAAAGUGGAAAGACUUAAAGCAAAAGCCAGUGGAAUUGCUAAAAGGUUUAAUGAUUCCCUACUUCAGCUGACUGCAUUGCCCGGAGAUACUAAUGAAAAUAUUUUGGCAAUAAAAAGGCUGGCUCUUUCUGCUAAUUUGACUGCCCUUAAUGGUAUAAGUCAUACUGUCGGUUUUAGUGAGAAGCUGUUGAAUUCUUCAUCUGCAUUGUCUAAAGUUAAUGAGACGUUGCAGAAAACAAAUGAACUUAUAAUUGAUUCAACAAAUGCUGCAGCAUCAGCUGAAAAAAAAGUGAAUGAAGUUGAAAUCCAGGCUGGUCUAUUAUAUGGAAGGCUGAAACCUCUCAAAAUACUGGAGGAGAAUUUAAGCAGAAACAUCUCUGAAAUUAAAGAGCUCAUAAACCAGGCUCGCAAACAGGCAGCUUCUAUUAAAAUUGCAGUAUCUGUGGAAAAAGACUGCAUUCGGGCCUAUCAACCCCAGAUAUUAUCUACUAACUACAAUACAUUAACAUUAAAUGUUAAAACAAUGGAACCUGACAAUCUUUUGUUCUAUCUGGGUAGCAAUGGUAAAACUGAUUUCAUGGCAGUGGAGAUGCGACGUGGCAAGGUGGCCUUCUUGUGGGAUUUGGGUUCUGGGUCAACAAGACUGGAAUAUCCUGAUUUAUCUAUUAACAACAACAAAUGGCAUAGAAUACAUGCUACCAGGUUUGCGAAAACUGGCACUCUGAGUGUAGAGGAGACUAGUUCUCCUCAGAAGCCCAUCAGAAGAAGUGCAACCUCCCCUGGAACAGCCACUGUGCUAGAUGUAAACCCGUCAACCCUAAUGUUCAUUGGUGGACUUGGAGGACAAAUCAAGAAAUCACCAUCAAUUAAAGUAACACAUUUUAAAGGGUGCAUCGGGGAGACAUUCUUGAAUGGCAGGCCAGUGGGACUUUGGAAUUUUAUGGAAAGAGAAGGCAAGUGCACAGGAUGCUUUGGAAGCCCACAGUAUGAAGAUCCUUCAUUUCAUUUUGAUGGCAGUGGAUAUUCAGUAGUAGAGAAAGCACUUCGCUCCACUGUGACUCAGAUAAUUGUAUUUUUCAACACUUUUUCAACUAAUGGGCUCUUAGUAUACCUGGCUUCCAAUGGCACAAAGGAUUUCUUAUCUCUGGAGCUUGUCGAUGGCAGAAUUAAAGUAACCGUUGAUCUUGGUUCAGGUCCCCUUACACUUAAAACUGAAAACCGCUACAAUAAUGGAACAUGGUAUAAACUUUCAUUCAGCCGAAACAAAAAGGAAGGGAUUUUGGCAGUCAUGGAUGCUUACAGCCUCAAUUCUAAAGAAAUCAAGCAAGGCGAAUCCCCUGGUGUAGCCUCUGACCUGAAUCGUUCUGAUAAAGACCCAAUUUACAUUGGAGGGUUACCAAGAUCAAGGACAGUAAGGAAAGGGGUUCAUAGCAGAACCUUUGUGGGAUGCAUGAAGAACUUGGAAAUAUCCCGAUCUACUUUUGACUUGCUUAAAAAUUCGUACGGUGUGAGAAAAGGCUGCAUCCUAGAGCCUAUACGCAGUGCUAAUAUCUUACAUAAUGGUUACAUUGAGUUGCCACCCAAAUCCCUUUUGGUGGAAUCUGAACUUAUGGCUACUUUUGCUACAAAGAACUCCAGUGGGAUCAUUCUUGUGGGGCUUAGCAAAGGUGAAGCAAAACGAAGACGCAGGCAAGUCCAUCUUCCCUUUUUUUCCAUCAUGCUAGUGAAUGGUCACUUGGCUGUGCAGGUUCUUGCUGGUGACCGAGCAAAUGCAAAAAGGGUCACGGUCAAGUCUACUAAUGGAACUUACAGUGAUGGAAAAGAACAUUCUGUUAUCCUUACUCGGAAUAAGAGAAUAAUAAGUGUACAAGUGGAUGAAAGUAAACCUGAAGAAAUUAGACUUGGACUCAUGGCAGAAACCAGACCAAUUAAUAUAUCAAAGCUCUUUAUUGGUGGAAUUCCUGCUGGAGAAAGCAUUUCAGGAUUAAUGAUGAUGGAUUCUUUCUCUGGUUGUAUAGCUAAUGUGAUAUUUAACACAGAGUUUCUGGAUUUCACCGCUGCAAUAAAGUAUGAAGGUGUUGAUAUGGACAGUUGCUUUCUUUCAGAGAAAUCUAAGCCUACUAUUCAACCAGAAGACUUUGAAAUCCGAUCUGAAAUGCAGAUGCUGCCAAGUUCUCUAAAGUCUUUUUCACUGGCUAAGGAAAAAAAGUGUGCAGAAAGUGGAGAGCUGAAGUACGUUUCCAAUGCCCAUCAGUUUGGCGUUACCAGAAACAGUCAUUUAAUGCUACUUUUCAAUCAGUCUACAGUAAGAAAGAAGUUUUCUGUCCAAUUAAGAAUCAGGACCCUUGCUUCUAGUGGUCUAAUAUACUACACAGCUCAUCAGAAGCAAGUUGAUUAUGCAGCCCUUCAACUACAAGAAGGAAAACUCCGUUUUUCAUUCGAUCUUGGAAAAGGGCAGUCAGUAGUUUCUCAUGAAGCAAUGAUCAGUGAUGGACAAUGGCAUACGGUGCAAACAGAUUAUGCAAAGAGGAAAGGUGUAAUCAUAGUUGAUGGGCAGGAAACUGAAGCUGUCAAUGUUUCAGGUGACGGAAGCACCUUGGAUGUGGAUGGGAAAUUUUACUUGGGGGGUCUACCCUUAGGCUACCUCACAAAGAACAUUAGAAAUAUUACUCACAGUAUUCCUGCAUGCAUUGGUGAAGUAACCAUUAAUAGCAAGCAGUUAGAUAGUCUGGUCUCAACCUUUGCUGUGAAUAAAUGCUAUGCUGUGAUCCAGAAAGGAACUUACUUUGAUGGAAGUGGUUUUGCUGCUCUUGUUAGGGAGGGCUACAAAGUCAGAUCUGAAGUUAACAUUACAUUUGAAUUCCGUACGAAUGUUAUGAAUGGAGUUCUUCUUGGAAUCAGUGCUAAAAUAGAUGCUAUUGGGCUGGAGAUAGUAAGUGGAAAGAUUUUAUUCAAUGUCAACAAUGGAGCUGGUAGAAUAAUAGCUUCUUAUGAACCCAAAGGAAUGUCUAAUCUGUGUGAUGGACAGUGGCAUAAAGUGCAGGCUAAGAAAAACAAGCAUCAUAUUGCUCUAAUAGUCGAUGGAAAUGUAGUUCAGAUGGAUAAUCCACAUGUUCAUUCAACCUCUGCAGAUACAAAUAACCCCAUUUAUAUUGGAGGGUAUCCGGCUGACAUAAAACAAAAUUGCUUGUCCACUAAGAAUUCCUUCCAAGGCUGUUUGAGAAACUUUAGGCUGAUUAAAACUCAGCAAGUAGAUUUCUUGGACUUCAGUGAAGCCUUUGACCUGCGUGGAGUUUUUCCACAUUCCUGCCCUGCAGCCUGACUACUAAAUGGGAAGAAAAAUGUUCCAUUUUAAGAGGCUUUGUCUAUCAACUCUUAAUGAAAAAGAAAUGCUUUUAAUGAUGCUGAUUUCAGUGAUUUCCAUCCUAUUUUCCAGCUCAAGAAAAAUAUGUUGAGCUAGAACAACUACACAUUUUUUAAAAUAAAAAAAAUUAACUGCAUAAGCUGAGUCUGUUUUUUAUGGGUGGUGAAAACUUUUUAAAACCAACAUUUACAAUAAUUAAUUACUUGACCUUAAUUACUU